AUGGAGCCCCCGACCGGCACCGAGAGCUCCCGCCUGGUCAGCCCGCGGGGCGGCCGCGCCGACGGCAGCCUGCGCCUCAAGAGGUACCGCCGGCACCGGCACCCAUCACCCCGGCAUCCCAUCCCCGGCACCCAUCGCCCCGGCAUCCCCACCACCGCCAGCACAACUCCAUCACCGGCGCCUCCGGCACCGACGGCACUUCCAUUACCGGCACCCCUACACUCCGACCACCACCGGCACUUCCAUCAGCACCGGCACACCACUGUCCCGACGACCCCAUUACCGGCGCUAGCACCUCCAUCACCGGCACCUCCAUAUCCCCGCGCCAGCCCUGACCGUCCGCCGCUUGCACCGUCACCCCGCCACCGGCACGUUCACCCCGCCGCCGGCACCUCCGCUCAAGCGGAACCAGCCCCGCCGUGCGCCGGCCUUGCUCCCCCCUCGGGUGUCCGUCCCGCACCUAUCGGCGCCCAAACGUCACCCACGCACACCGGUACCAUCCAUCCAUCACCCGCCCACACAGGUACCGUUCAUCCGUUAGCCCCCAUCCCGGUGGGCUGCACGUCCCCGCUCCCGCACUGCUGCCCCACGCACCGGGACCUCGGCCCCCGCCGCCCCUUCCCCACGCCCCACGUCUCCGCACCGCUGGCCCGUCCCGCAGCCUGGCCGCGGGCGCAACACCUUGCUCCCACCCGCACCUUCCCGCGGGCACCCGCACCAGUCCCGUCUACCGUUCCGGCGGGAGCUCCGAGGCACGGCCUCCUGCUGCUGCCGCCGAUCCCGUGGCUGCUCGUCCCGCUGGGGGGGUUCCGCCGGUGCCCCACCGAUUGCCUGGCCGCACACCAGCGGUCAGCAGCAGGACCCUCGGGGGGUCCGGGCAGGAGCCCCCAGGCCGGCGUUGCCGGCAGUGACCCCCGCCCCCAGCUCCAGGCCCGCCGGCAGCUGAGCGUCGCCUGCGCCGUCUGCUGCCUCUUCAUGGUCGGGGAGGUGAUAGGUGGCUACCUGGCACACAGCCUGGCCAUCAUGACGGAUGCAGCCCACCUGCUGACGGACGUGGGCAGCAUGUCCGUCAGCCUCUUCUCCCUCUGGGUCUCCAACCGCCCGCCCACCAAGACCAUGACCUUUGGCUGGCACCGCUCAGAGACACUGGGUGCGCUGGCCUCUGUCCUCUCUAUCUGGGUUGUGACCGCGGCCCUGGUCUACCUGGCAGCCGCCCGCAUCAUCAGCAAUGACUACGAGAUUGAGGCGCGAGCCAUGCUGGCCACGUCCGCCUGCGCCGUUGGCGUCAAUCUGGUCAUGGCCUACAUCCUGCACCAGUCCCCUGCUGGCCAUGGCCAUGGCACAGGGGCCUACGAGCAGCUGGAGAGCUCUGUGUCCUGCCAGCCCAGCCACAGCCCCCUGCCCGGCAGCACCAGCGUGCGGGCAGCCUUUGUCCACGUGGUGGGUGACUUGCUGCAGAGCGUCAGCGUCCUCGUGGCUGCCACCAUCAUCUACUUCAAGCCCCAGUGCAAGAUUGCAGACCCCAUCAGCACCCUCUUCUUCUCGGUCUUCGUCCUUGGCUCCACCAUCACCAUCCUCAGAGAUGUCUUUAGGGUCCUCAUGGAAGGGGCUCCGCGGGGGCUGGAGUUCGACGCGGUGAAGGAGGCGCUGCUGGGGGCUCGCGGCGUGCGGGGCGUCCACGACCUGCACCUCUGGGCGCUGACACUGAGCCACGCCGCCGUGUCGGCGCACGUGGCCGUGGAUGCCGGCGCUGACGCUGAGAUGGUGCUGCAGGAGGUCACUGCCCGGCUCCAGAGGUUUGGCUUUGCCUUGUGCACGGUACAGGUGGAGCAGCACCAGGAGGAGUCAGCAGGCUGUCCCCACUGUCAGGACCCCCGAACCUGA